ACUUUUAAUAUUCUCUCGAGUGGUUACGAUUUCUUUCUUCAUUGUCGAAUCGAAACUUGUAGGAAAGAGAGAGAUAGAGAAGUGAGAGAGGGGGGAAACCCUAGAUUCGAUUUGGUUCGCUUCUCGAAUCGAAGGCGAUGGUGUUCUACUUCAAGGCACGACCAGAUGCUGGGGACUACACCAUCUUCAUGGGGCUCGAUAAGUUCGAGAACGAGGAGCUCAUCAAGUACGGCUUCCCCGAAGACGUCUGGUUUCACGUUGAUAAAAUGUCCUCAGCUCACGUCUACCUGAGGCUGCAUAAAGGCCAAGGCUUUGAUGACAUUAGUGAAGGUGUGCUGGAGGAUUGUGCUCAGCUUGUCAAAGCUAACUCCAUUCAAGGCAAUAAGGUGAACAACGUCGAUGUUGUGUACACUCCGUGGUCCAACUUGAAGAAGACUGCCUCUAUGGAUGUUGGUCAAGUUGGCUUCCACAAUUCAAAGAUGGUCCGGACUAUCAGAGUGGAGAAGCGAGUCAAUGAAAUAAUUAACAGAUUGAACAAAACAAAAGUUGAGAGAACCCCUGAUCUGAGAGCCGAGAGAGAAGCAGUGAAUGCUGCAGAAAGAGCUGAGAGGAAACAACACCUGAGGGAGAAGAAGAAACGUGAAGAUAUUGAGAGGCUUGAGAAGGAGAGGCAAGCAGAUAUGAGGAGUUACAAGGGGUUAAUGGUAACUGAUAAAAUGACAUCCAACAAAGACAUUGCUUCAAGCAACAAGUCUAUUCAAGAACUCGAAGAUGAUUUCAUGUAAGAAAUGCGGGCAAAAACAAACCCCAAGUUGGUAAACAUUCUGGUGGUGCUGUCCUUCAAAGAAGGUUUAUCAUGUUGUUUCUACUAGCCUUGGAUAUAAUGAUGAUUGAUUUCAUCUUUUGUUUCAAAGUCUUUGAUGAACCUAAACCCCUAGUUUUGUUCUUAGACUAUGAAACAGAGCAUUAUAUGAUAUAUGUGAUGUAUAACACAGGCGAGCCAGUGAUCUGGUGCGAUCAUGGGGGGUUUACUCUAUCUUUACUGUGUUUAUCUAAAAUAAUUUUACCACCGCUAA